AAAUUGAUUCGGAGGGUUCCAAUUCAAUUAGGAGAGAUUAAAGGGUCGUCUGAUUUAAUUCUGCCGUAUUGAAUCGGGGACCAAAGCUUCAUACAGCCUUAAUGUGUAAUAUACAAGUGUUUCACAGGUGCCAGAAAUUGAAAUAGGGAUUAAUGGAAUACUUUAGUACAUGCAGUGUAUCCAGGCCCCUUGUAAAACAUUUCACUAUUGUAUUAGCAGAUGCAGAUCCAUUGUCAUGGCUCAUAUUAUGCAAGGCUAAAGCAGGGAUGCCUGUCAAUAGUAGAUAGCUGCUGCCCUGGGCACUAGGAAUUGGCAUUAUUUUUCAGCAUGAUAAAUGUCAUUACUCUUCACAAGUUAUCAGAUAAAUAGGGACCUGCUGAAUUCAGGGUGGCUGCCCCCCAAUUUCAUAUGCCGAGCACAGUGCUAGCCUGGGUACCCACCAUUUUCACAGUGAAGCAUGCUGCCCCCCCUCAUAAACACGCCUCUGAUUGGCCCAGGGGCCCCAGAAUUCCUGCUCCACCCUGGAGAUUGACAGAUGACCAUCUCCAGGCCCUUUGAUCAGUUAGAAGUCUGGGGGGCUGAGGGGGCACCGCACCCCUAUGAAAAUCUCCACUCUCCCUUCCUCUCCCCAUUCUUCAGGAUGCCAGGGCUUUCUGCCCUUUUCUAUUUUUGCAGCAGUCUCUUCCCUGCCCCUCCCUCCACAACUUGUUGCCAAUUUCAUGCCUUUUCACAGUCCCCAUACUUUUCCCUGACUGACCAAAUCCACAGUUUUUGUGAAAAUCAUGAAUUUAGUAGGUCCCUUCAUAUAAAUGCUAUUUUGGCUUUUUCUUGAUUCCUUUUGGUCUGUAAGACUAUGUGGUCUUGGGGUUGUUGUUUUUUUUUAAUUAUUUUCUAUAGGUCUUAUCUGUAUCCUUCCAUAUAGGAAGUUUGAGCCUCAUUUUGAGAGGCAAGUUUUAUAGCAAGUGGCUUCUCUGAUUCCCUGUACUUUACACCAGGGAGCUCACUGAACCAUAUAGCUGUUAAUAUUUAAAAUAGCCAUUUCUCAGUUUUCAUGAAGUUGAGCAUGGUGCUUGCAAUGCUCUGUGGCAUAGCACAUUAAAAAAGUUCCAAUAAAUCAUUCACUUCAAAAAUAGAUCUUGCAUUUAGAGGAGCCAUGGAGCCAAGUUAUUACAUGACUGCACACAUCAUCAUCAGUGUUAUGUGUCUGCUGCUCUGUUAAUUUUUAAUUUUAACUGUACACUAUGCAAAAGCUAUGCUCUUAUGGAAAAAAAAGCUAUUAAAUUACUGUGUCUGCUUCCAGUUUGCAUCAUAAAUCAAAUAAGAGCUUAACUCAAUUGCUGCUAUGUGGUGUCAUGAACAUUUGUUGUACACUUCCUGUUAAAGAUCCUCAUGUAGACAGUGCUUCUCCAGUGUAUCAGGCUGUGCUUAAAACUCAGAACAAGCCUGAAGAAGAGCUUGAAGACUGGAGUCGCCGUUCUGCGAAUCUGCAGUCAAAGUCUUUCCGCAUCCUUGCCCAGAUGACAGGAACGGAGUACAUGCAAGACCCAGAUGAAGAAGCCCUGAGGAAAUCAAGAGGCAAGGAAAAUGUUGCGGCAGCAGCUGAAAACAGUACCCCUGUUGAGCAUGCUCCAGUGCCUACCAGCUCUGCCUCUGCUCCUAUGCCAGCUACUUCAGCCAAUCAGCCUGCUACUGUUGCUCAAAACACAACCAAUCAGAUGACACCACCUUCAGCCAGCCCUACUUCAGUAGCACAAGACUCCUUCUCAUCCUCUUUCCAAAGAGUGUUUGCAGCCCCCACCUCCUUUUCACAGCCUAAACCUUUCACUGGGUCCAAGAACGUGUCACUAGCAGCUUCAACUAUUUUGUGUGCUAUCUCUGCUCAGUCUAGCUUCAACAGGCAUUCUUCUACCUCCAUCAGCUACCAGUCUAAAAAGAGAAGUCCGAGCCAGUCCUAUAUGCCAGCACCAGCUUCCCAUGGUCCAGCUCCUAGCACAAGCUACAGCGAAAGUCCAGUUUCUGCUCCAAAACCAAGAGUUGUCACUACUGCCAGCAUAAAGCCUUCUGUCUACCAUUCAGCCCCUGCCCCGGCACCAGCCCCAGCGCCGACCCUAGCACCAGCACAUUCUUACAUGCCAGGCCAAGCAGAGCCAGCAAGCCGUCCUCCCUGGGUUACAGAUGACUCCUUUUCCCAGAAAUUUGCACCUGGGAAAACCACCACCAGUGUCACCAAACAUAUCCUGCCUCGGGGUGCUCCAGCACCAUCUCCUGCCUCGACUUCAGCCUACCCGACUUCAAUUUCAGCCUCUUCCCAGGCUCCUGCUGUAGCCCGGGGAACUAUUCAAAGGGCUGAGCGUUUUCCAGCCAGCAGCCGAACACCUCUCUGUGGACACUGUAACAGCAUCAUUCGGGGUCCUUUCCUGGUAGCCAUGGGUCGUUCCUGGCACCCAGAAGAGUUCAACUGUGCUUACUGCAAGACUUCAUUGGCAGAUGUGUGCUUUGUGGAGGAGCAGAACAGUGUCUAUUGUGAGCGUUGUUAUGAGCAGUUCUUUGCACCAACCUGUGCCAGAUGCCAUACCAAGAUCAUGGGGGAAGUGAUGCAUGCCCUCAGGCAAACUUGGCACACAACUUGCUUUGUCUGUGCUGCCUGUAAGAAGCCAUUCGGGAAUAGCCUCUUCCAUAUGGAGGAUGGGGAGCCCUACUGUGAGAAAGAUUAUGUUGCUUUAUUCAGCACAAAAUGCCAUGGCUGUGAUUUUCCUGUUGAGGCAGGGGAUAAAUUCAUAGAAGCUCUUGGACACACUUGGCAUGAUACCUGCUUCAUUUGUGCUGUGUGCCAUGUAAAUUUGGAAGGGCAGCCAUUUUACUCCAAGAAGGAUAAGCCAUUAUGCAAGAAGCAUGCUCAUGCCAUCAAUGUCUAAAGGAAGAGCUGGAAGUCAGUGGCAUGGAGAGAAAAGUGGAAAAAUGAGCAGUUACAAAAAAGAUAACAGUGGCUAACAUUUCUCUUUGGGGGGAAAAAAAGCUAGGAAGCUACUGAACAUUUCUGAAGUUUGAUUUUAGUUCAUUUUAUAUGGGCUUUUGCAUGGUCUUUAUAAAAAAAAAACUGAACGAACACCCAAAAGCAAACUAACCAAUCUAUAGAAAGAAGAAUAUUACUUCAAAAGUUAGACAAAAAAUGUGAUUAAAUUUUAACCUUUCAUAUUUAAAAAAAAUAAUAAAACAUCAGGUACUUGUUCUAAUAAAUUACCCAGAACAGCUUUACAGCUGAGACCGUACACUAGUGUUAAUGAUAACUGAAAGUCAUUCUUUGUAACAAAAAAAUUAAGCGCCAAAAUAUUAAACAUAGGAUAAUUUGUAGAAUCUAAAUGAUAGCUUUAAAAGAAAAAUAACUAGAUCAGGAUAUCCUCACUGAAACCUGAGCAACAAACAUUUUAGACUUUGAAGGCCUAAAGACACCUCACAGGCUAUCCCAAAUAAGAGGUUUGCCUUGAAUCCACAUAGAACUGGAAUACUACGGACAUAAUGGGUAAUUCAGACUUUGAGAAUUAUUAGAAAGAGAGACAGAACAAUAAAUUCCUUAACCUAGCCCCAACUAGGAUUGAGAUAAGAAAAUGUUUAGGUUUACAUUUGAUCAGUGUAGAAGUCCUUUCCAAGCACAACAGAACACUUCACUGUUGAAUUAGAGUAUAAAAGGCACCUGGCUUUCUCCUUCUUUUUUUUUGCAUAUGGGAAUUAAGGAAUUGGGGGAGUUUAGAAAGGAUUCAUAUUGUGUUUCUGUUCAAAGUAGAUUCACUUUUCCUCUACCUGUCCUGAAAAUACAUCAUACUGUUAAAGUUAUUUUGAUGCUUAAUUCCCCUGAUUUCAAAUAACUGGGUGCUAGUUACUAGUUACAGCUUCCAUUUAGCAUGGCUAGGAGGAUAGGAGUAGGAUAGCCCAUUCCCUAGUGUUCUCUAGUCAAUCCCAAAUGUUUAGAAAAAAAACAUAUCUUUUUUCCCCAAGGAAGUCAAUGAAUACCUAUUUAAAAAAAAAAUCUUAAAGCAGCACCACAUCACAAGCACAUGCUCUUACUACUGUGAUUAGUUUCUUUAAUAAAAAACAUCCCAAGUGUGGUUGUGUUUGCUGCUGUGAGAAGAUAGAAUCUGACAUUUAGGAUAGUAUUAACAUUUCACCUUUUCUAACACUUUAUAAUACAUUUUCCACAUUAUUCUAGCAAUUAUUUAAAAAAGCUUAUGUAUUGUUGUGAAAAGCAGCUAAUAUUUAUGGUAUUGAUGAUAGCUUUGGAUUCUUAAAUUUAAGUAUCUGCAAUUGUUUUGUAUGAGAGAGAGUAGUUUAUUGAUAUUCAGCAAAGAAAAAUAUUCUGACUUCAACUAUAGAAUGUUCCAUCACUCUUCAAGUUUUACUUGUUUACUUUGAGUGAACAUUAUGAUUGUAUAGUGACUCGCAGUUUUAAGUUAAUGUGUAUGAGGUUCCAGCUACCUGAGGAUAAAGUGUAUGGGCCUACUCUCCCUUCUACUCUGACCCCCACGCAUCUUGGAUUUUUGCAUAAUCUGAAUAUAGAAGUGGAUUGCUUAGUGAUGUUUAACUUUUCCCUCCUAUUUUUCAUGCCAUUUUAGGAUAUUUGCUAUCUUAUUUUAUAAGGUAAAAGGCACAUCCAAAGGGAAAUGGGUGAGAAUAAAAGGAACUUUUGGCUCUACUGUGCUUGCUCAAUCCACACUUAGAUUUUGAAAAACUGACAGUCUAAACAUGCCCAUUUGCAGCUUUGACUCAAGUAGCCUGCACUUAUAUAUUAGAGUAUCCUAGUUCUCAUAUAUCUUAGCAGUGUUACAAAGGUUAAUUUUUUUUACAUGGAUGAAUUCAUCUUAAAACAAUUUCUUGAACAUAUUAGGUACUUUCUCUUUUUCUAUAGAAAAGAAAGUUUUCUGCUUCUGAAUAAAGAGUCAAAUCAUCAGCCUGAUACGGCUCCAUCAAUUACAUUAGCUAAGGAUCCAGGUCAUUGUAUUCUCCAGUGAGUUAUAAGCAGUGCAAGUUAAAAUUAAUUUCCAUUCACAUUCAGUUUCUAUUACUUCCUUCUCUAGAUACCAAAAUAGUAUUUUUUAUAUACUUGUAUUUCUUUCAGAGGACAAUUCUACUGCUGUUCAACAGACAAUAGAGUGUAUCAUUCUCUGUCACUUAGAAACAGAGUCAGUAUUAAUAUAUAUGUUACAGCAUAAACAGGCUGCACUGAAGCACUUCUGCCAAGCAGUUUGUGUGCCCAGUCCACAGAUAGGAGCUAUUCUGUAUCAGUAUUUCUCUACUUUAAUAGCCAUUUACAUGUAGCUGAUUGCAGCCCAUUUAGCCAUUGCGGAGCUAGCUUCAGUCUGGCUAGCAAUGCUGAUCUGGCUACAGCAGUGAAAAAGUCAGUGUCAUGGGCUUCAGCAGGGGCUGUACAAGCCUGCCAGAAAUCCUGGGUACAGUGGGACACUAAACAGCCAUGCCAGACUUGAGUCUGGUACUGUUAUGAAAAUAAACAAUUGAUUUGUAAGAUCCCAGAACAUAACUGAAAUGAGAUUGUAUGUUAAAAUAUUGUAAGAACAUUUAGCAUAUUUUUUAGUUUUUCUCUUGCUCUUAAGUAUAGCAAGAAAUUUCCUAAUAAAAAAGGAGGAAAAACUCUUUAUAGAACUUUAAAAAAGAUGAAAGAAGAGAAAAAAAAGGAAAAGCAUGGCACAAACAAGUGUGGCAGCGUGCAGUUGAUCAGAGUACUAUAGUUUCCUUGGCCAGCUUGCCCAAGCUUAAAUUAAUGCUGAUGUUCCUUCACUUCAGUUUGUUACACGAGCUACUAAGAUUAAAGCCAGUUUGCAUUGGCCCAUAUGUGCUGCAGUUGCCUCUGGCUACAUUGUAGGCAUGUCCAUAUUAGUAGCAUACAAUUAAUUUCCAAUUUUGAUUUGCGUUGCUUCCUAGUAGCCUAAAAAUAGGGAAUAGUUACCCACACUUGAGGUCAAAUACCAUUUUUGCACAAACCUCAGACAAAAAUGGGUACUAUUUUGAAUCUUAUUUGGGUAGAAUACCAUGAAAUCACCAUUAUUGUUCUGCCACAUAGAGCAAAUUCAUAAGAAAAAAUAAGAUACACACGUCAAACUCAGAAUAAGGCCCUUCCUUAAUCUGUCACUAGCACAACUGCUGUAGCAAAAUAUUUUUUAUAGGGUGAAUAAAGUGUGUUAUGUUUCAUGUGUUUUAAUAAUUACCUGGGUGUAAGUCAUACAAAACUUUUUAUUCUAAUUCCAAGAGGAUUUCUGUCUAGAAGAUAAAAAAAACUGUACCACUGAAUGACCAAUGGAUAAAGAUAUAAAGCAUCAAAACCCAUCUUGUUUGCAGUUAAAAAUACAGUGAACUCUCUAUGUAGUUGAAGAUUCAAAAUCAGCAUGAGACUCUAGAAUUUUUUUCUCUCUUUCUUUUUUUAUUUAUUUGCAGCACAAAAUGUAAAUCGAAUGGGUCACCAUUUGUUGAGGUCUUUUGAAACAUUUCAUCUUCUAACUAAAAAAAAUUUUAGUUUGGUAUAUUAGAUUCACACGCACACAAAAAUCUAAUUACCAAAUUGUUUGACUUUGGUCCUUCAUUGGUCAGGAAAUUGAAUGAAAUGAUUUAAGAUUUUUUUUUAUUUGUGUUUAAGAAUGUGAAUAUCCACAGCACUAAAAACACUUAUUAGUGUCUAAUGCUGGGCAGUAUGUUUAGCUGCAAUACUUGUCUCCUGGUAGUAGGCAUUAAUUUGUUUAGUAUUUAUAAAUGAUAAAAUUUGCAGCUGAUUGAUUUAUUGCAUGCAGUGAUCAUCCUGGAAGUCUAGCUUUUAUAGUGUAUUGAAAUAUUAACAUAAUACUACAAGUGCCCUUGCUUUUAGAUUUUUUUAAAAGUUUCUAGUUGUUAUUUCAGAAACAGAAUGUAGUAUGGUUUAUGAGGUGUGAGUGAACAUAUCUUGCAUGAAUUAUCAGCGCCAACAUGAAUAAAAUAUUCUAGCAAUAAAAGGGAUGUGCAAAUACUUAUA